CUCUGAUCGGUUAGCUUGGUGGAUCAGACGCGUGGAUCGAACGGUCCGAUCAUCCUAGACACGGGUCACCCGGUGCUCCCUGAUACGAAACAGGACAUUCGUCGAAAGAAAGAAAGAAAGAAAGAAAGAAACGAAUUGAGAGAACAAUGAAGUUUGCGAUAGCAUUGGCGGUGCUGUGCUGCCUGACAAUCGGGGCGUUCGCACUACCAACGGCCAAGAUAUCCGAAGAGAAAACGUUGAACCGUAACGUGGUUGGAACGCAAAGGCAAGCGGCCCAACCACCAGCGGUCAGCGAAGACGAGGACGACGACGACGACGACGACGACGUGGAUUUCGAUAUCACGGGUGACGACGACGACGACGACGACGACGAGGAGGAAGAUGACGACGAUGACGACGAUUCUGAUUAUCUGGAACGUUUCAUCGAGGAUAUAUUAGGCGAAGAGGACGAUGACGACGACGACGACGAGGAAACGAGCGCCGUAGAACCCGUUGCCCCAGCAUCGCAACCGGCCGUCCAAGCGAUUCCGGCCGCUGUCGAAGCUGAUCUAAAUGCCGCGGCUCAAGAAACGGAACAGGCGGCGGAAGUUGCGGCCGAGGCAACGGGGGCGGAUAACGAAUCGACCGGUGCCGAGGACGAAGAGGGUAACACGAUCGCCGAGGGUCAGGCGGCCUCCAACGUACACGAGUCGACUUUGGAAGUUGCGGAAUCGGUGUCGAAUCCUGUCCACGUUCCCGCCGUGUCUACCAACGUGGCCGACACGGACGACGAGGACGACGACGACGAUGACGACGACGACGACGAAGACGUCGAUCUCGUCUACACCGAGGAGGAGGAGGAGGACGAGGACGAGGACGAAGACGACGAGGAUGACGACGAUGUCGACAGCAUCACCGACAUCGCCGGCGCCAGACAAGCACGUGGCAUGCGAUCGGAUUCGAGCAGCGACGUAUCAGCGAUCUACGUGGCAAAAUACAAUCGUUUCGUCGACAACAUCUUGGAAAGGAUAAAUAAAAUCUUGCGCAACAAUUACGAUCCGGUGACGGUGAAACUGACCAAUCCAAAUACUAGAUCAAAGACGAACAAACAAAAGAGCAAAGGGAAAUUGAAGAAGAACAGUAAUAAGAGCGGGACGAAGAAAAGCGGUGUCGAUAGAGUAACGAUCACUACCGAGAAGAUCGCUAUGGAUCUUCUUGAAAAUACACAGAAAACUUUGGAGAAUACCGAAAACAUCACUGCAUCUUUGAACGCGAUCGAAAAGGAGGCACUCGCAACUACUUCGUCCGACAUUGGGAACAGAUCCAUAAUGGAAUCCGCUACAAAAUCUACAAAUCGACGCACGUCUGGUACAGGCAGUAAAAAAACGAACAAAAAUCGAGGUACAACGAAAAACAAAACGAAGAAUCAAGUAACAAAUAACAAAAAUAAGGCGAAGAAAGCUAAGCCAAAAGCACGGGCAACCCUUUACGGACUCGCGAGCCUUCAAAGAUCGGGUGAUGUAUCGGUGAACAUGAUGAGCGAUCACACCAUGAUAAAGACGAGAUUCACGCUGGGUCCUCUUAUAUUGAAAGUUGAAAAGGAAUUCGGUAGAACGGCGAAGAAAGAACUGAGAAGCGCGACUGCAACCACCGCUGAAAUGUCCGGAAAAUUGAGUCUUCGAGUUCUUCACGGUGGCGUUGCUACCCUCAAUUCUAUUCGAGUUCUGCAACCAAAACAAGUGCGAGUGGAAAGCACGGACGAUCACGACAGAACACGUGAAUUCGUAUGGAAAAGAUCUUCCCACAUCGCUCAUUUGGUUUCAGAGAAAUUAUCGUUAGCUACAAAAUCAAUGCUCCGACCUCCACCUGUUACAAUAACUUCCGCAUAAAAUUUCGUCGUUGUAAACUGUUGAUCUUUUUCGAA